AUGGCCACUAUAGCGCCUCGUGCAAGGGCCCUGAUCAAAGUAAGUUUUGCUAUUACUGCGGCGGCACGGGGCACAAGAUCAAAGACUGCAAGGUCAGCGAGCCUACUUGCUUCUUGUGCUCCUAUAGCGUUGAUGAACCUAAGAAGCACCUGGCGGGAUCAAGGGCCCGAAAAGCUUUCCAGGAGGCCAAUGCAACAGCCAACAAGAGGAAAACAGGAUCAGAGUACUUCAGGCGAACAGUAUCAGGAUAGAGCAGUAUUAGGAUGGUACGCAGACGAAUUGGGCACCGCGGCCAUCUGGAUCCCAGAUCUCCGAAAAAAACAUGUGUCGGAUCAAGGAUCCGGAUGCGGAUACGUUUGGGUGAGACACAACUCGACGACUUAUGACAGUGUAUAUCUGACCACGAACGAUUGGAUAGACGACUUCCAGACCAAACUGGACGAUCUGGAAGACGCGCUAUGGGAAAUGCAAGAGAAUCUCAUUGUGGCGGGAGACCUCAAUGCCAAAGCUCUCGAAUGGGGGAAGGCCAGGCCGGACUCCAGAGGAAGACGAAUCAUGGAGUUGGCGUCGAGACUAGAGGUACCAGUACUGAACACAGGAUCGACACCAACCUUCCGUAGGCCUGGCUACAGAGAGACGAUCCCGGACGUCUCUUUAGCCAACGAAAAACUUGUGGCAAGAAUCGCAGGCUUGCGUGUAAUUGAGGAUUAUACCGGGAGCGACCAUCAGUACGUCCUCUUCGAUGUACACGAUAGGAGGCCAGUCGUGACAUUUGCAAAACGACUCUCCCGGUGGAACAAUACAAGAAUGGACCGAGAAAGGCUGUCUUCGGAAAUUAAAGAAGGAUGGAGAUUCCAUCAAAAUGCAUCCGUGAGUCUAUCGCCACAAGCGCAAGCCAGGAUGAUUACUGCAGCAACUAUGCAGCUCAUCCAAAAGGCUUGCGCGAUAGCGGUGCCAAAGAAGAGCACGAAAUGGCAGAGGCGUCCUGCAUACUGGUGGACGAACGAGAUCGCAGAUCUACGUAAGAAGUGCUUAAGGCUUCGCCAUUUAGCACAACGAGCGAAGAGACGCGAUCUCGACGCUGCUCACCUGGCUGCAGAGUAUCACGCGGUCAAAAAAGCUUCGAAAUCGGUCAUCAAGGCCAGUCAAGGACGGUGCCGGAAGGAGCUGUGCCUGGAAGUUGAUCAGAAUACGUGGGGAUUAGGGUAUCUUAUCGUCACUCGUAAGCUGGGGACUCGAACGCAAGGAAUCCCUCAGGACGCGAGGACGUUGGAUUACAUAGGGUAUACUCUAGGGUCCCUGGGUCAUAGCGUAAAGUUAGGCAUUCUCAGAUGA